AUGUCGCCCAGGAUGACACGCUGGGCCAUCUUCCUUGCCGGAUAUUCAUACAAACUCAUUCAUAAGCCCGGCAAAACCAUCGGGAACGCAGAUGCCCUGAGUAGGUGCCCAUCCAAAGAGCCAGUAGAAGACCCCGCACCCACCAUAAGCCUCCUCCACAUCGACGCCGACAGAGACUGCCCAGUGACGUCAGCAGAUGUGGCCACCCAUACCCAGAGGGACCCCAUACUCAAGCAAGUGAGAUCCUGGGUCCUGCGAGGCUGGCCAGCAGAAAAACCGGCAGAAAAGUUCAGCCCUUUCGCAUGGAAGCAACAGGAGCUGUCCACCAUGAAAGGCUGUAUCCUAUGGGGAGACCGGGUGCUGAUUCCCAGUGCUUUACAGAAGAAGACGCUCGAGACGCUCCACAACGGACACCCGGGCAUCGUAAGGAUGAAAGGACUGGCACGGAGUUACGUCUGGUGGCCAUCCCUGGACAAGGACAUUGAAGAGUGGGUCGCCAGAUGUGACCCGUGCCAAGAGGUACGUCCCGCCCCCGCCCAAGCCCCAGUGUCAGAGUGGGAGAUGCCCAGCAGCCCAUGGGCACGGAUCCAUAUUGACUUCACGGGUCUAAUGCAGGGGCACUACCUCUUAAUCGUUGUGGACGCUUUCUCCAAGUGGCUAGAGGUCAUCCCCACGGCAUCUACCACUUCCGAAGCCACCAUCAGGGCACUCAGGCGCCUAUUCGCAACACACGGGCUGCCGGAUGUCCUAGUCUCUGACAAUGGCCCACAGUUAACAUCCAAGGCCAUGGAAGAGUUCCUGGCGGGACAGGGCAUCCGCCACGCCCUCACCGCAUUUUACAGGCCAGCCGGAAACGGUCAAGCGGAACGCAUGGUGAGACUCACCAAGGAGACGCUCACCAAGAUGGGUCCGGGUGACUGGCAAGAGAGGAUUGACAACUUCCUCCUUACACAACACAUCACCCCGCAUGCCACCACCAAGAAGAGCCCAGCUGAGCUACUGAUGGGCAGACGCCUGAGGUCACCCCUGGACCGGCUGCACCCCCAGUAUAAUCCUGAAGUGACAGCAACGGCCAGCCGGCCGCUCCGCGCCUUCACCAUAGGAGACCCGCGGCGAUCCAGAGCGGUAGACCGGGACCUGUCACAAGAGGGAUGGCAUCCCCAACCCGGCAAGGUGGGCAUCCGCCACUCCAUGGAGAGGGACCGCCACAACAAUCAAGGGGUAGACUGGGACCCACCCAGGGAGGGAGGAUCGCACCCCUCCAGCGACGAGGACCAACAACGGCCCUGCCAGGGAGACCAACGCUCCAGGCAAGUAGACCGGGGACAACCACACGGGGGAGGCGCACAACACGCAACCCAAGCCGGCCAGCGACCGACCGGCAAGGGAGACCCCAACCAGCAUCCAGACCGGGUCGACCAACACCAACCCUGCAAGGUCGACCAGCACCACUCCAGCAAGGACGGCGCACACCACCCAGACCAGGUCGAACAGCACCACCCCAGCGAGGUCGGCCAGCACCAACCCUGCGAAGCCAACCAGCUCCAACCCAGCCGCGGGGAUGAACACCACCCCGGCGAGGUCGACCACACGGGACAGCGACAGCGACGGGAGCCACGGAAGCCCAACGAGACACCAACGGACUUACCGGGUUUCGGACGGCACCCACCGGACAGCAGCGUUGUCCCGCCGCGAGGUUCCAGAUUCUCCAGGCGAGGGAAGGACCAGCGACUCCAGCGCGAACUUCCAGAUGUUGCGGCCGGAGGUGCUGGGACGGAUCCCGCACACUCGACGGCCGGAGCCCCGGCCACCCCCACCGGGGAGCCGGGAAGGACAGGAGCUUCGCCCGCACAGGCCGGCGGCGAAGCUCAGACUGAACUGCGCAGGUCAUCUCGGGCAAGCAGGCACCCCGCCUACUUGCGUGACUUCGUAACGUAUAUUAACUGUGAUGGACAUUUUUCAGACUAA